AUGCAAAAUACAAAUGACAUUUUUGAUCAAUGUACUCAAUUAUUAGUUUCCACUUCUAACGAUGUAGACAAAGUGAGUUAUUUAUAUCAAACUGAAUAAAAAUAAAUACUUUCAUCUGAUAAAAAAAAUCAGUUCCCUAUUUCAUUUUUUUCACUUUUUCACUCACUGUAUAGUUUUUUUUCAGAUGACAGUUCCAAUUCGCAAACGUCCAAAUAUAGAUUUUCGGAUCGAUGAUAGAAAAAAUCGGAAAAUUGAAAAAGGUUCACUGACUCUAAAUUUCAGGGUAUUGUUUUUAUUUUGAAAUUGAUGAUUUCAUUCACUAAAAAUUUCAGAAUCAACAAGUCGAACAAUUUAUAAAUAACCAAUCAUUUCAAAAUAAACCAUUUGCAUUUCCAUUUGCUGUUCCUGUCAAUCCCCAGUUAUUUUCACCGCGUCCUGUACUUUUUCACCCAUUGUUAACACCUACACUACCAAGUCCAAGUUUAAUUAACGCGUUAGCAAGUGAGUUUUGACAAACUGAAUGUUAGUUCAGAAAAAUCGGGAAUUUUCAGCUCAAUCUUUACAACAAGCACCACUGGGGUAUACCGAUGAGGAAUUAGUAAAAAGUAAGUUCAAUGUUGAAAUAAUAAUUUGAAAAUUGAUAAGAAGUAUAGUUUUAAUGGGAAUUGGUUACUCAUGUGGUCUUCUAAACAACUAUAGUUUAUUCAAAGGAUCUGAUUUUUUCCCAAAAAUAAAGACCUUCCACUUUUUUUCAGUUCCUAAUCAUGAAAAAACAAUUUUCAGUGCGAGGACCAUCCCGUUUGAUUGGAUUUCUUGGGACAAUAGCGAUGAAUGAAAAAGCUCAUCGAGUAUUAACUUGGACAGGAAAUGGUUUAGAAUUUAUCUUGAAAAAACGAGAAUUAGUCGCAAAAAUGUGGGGAAAUCGAAAACAUAAUACAAUGGUACAUUUUUCAAAUAUUUUAUCACUUCCAUCUAAUUUUUUUUUCAGGAAAUGGAUUAUUUAAAACUAUCAAGAGCGAUCAGAGAAAAAUAUGAAAAACGAGAUCCGGUGAAUGGAGCUGUGAUAAAAGUUGGAAAACUGAAAAAGGGAACAAAAAUCUAUUCCUAUGUUUUUACUGAACAUGCUUAUGAGGAUUUGCAAAAAUAUACGAACAAAACAAUCGAUGAGAUUUUAAUUUAUGCUCAAGAAGUUGGUAGAAAUUAUGUGGAUUUGGAAUCAACUGACGACUCAUAA